AUGAAGUACGUGCUUGUCUCUGGAGGUGUCAUCAGCGGCGUGGGGAAGCACGUCUCGUCGAUCAAGGUUGACCCAUAUCUCAAUGUCGACGCAGGAACGAUGAACCCGAAGGAACACGGCGAAGUUUUCGUCCUCUCUGACGGCGGUGAAGUUGACCUUGAUCUCGGCAACUACGAGCGUUACCUCAACAUCACCCUAACCCGCGAUAACAACAUCACCACGGGCAAGAUCUACCAGCACGUCAUCGAGCGCGAGCGCAAGGGCGACUAUUUGGGUAAAACCGUACAAGUCGUCCCUCACAUUACCGAUGCGAUUCAAGACUGGAUCGAGAAGGUCGCGCGGAUACCGGUCGAUGACUCAGGUGAAGAGCCCGAUGUCUGCAUAAUUGAGUUGGGAGGCACAGUGGGCGAUAUCGAGAGCAUGCCGUUCAUCGAGGCUAUGAGUCAGCUGAGGCGGCGGGCAGGUAAGAACAACUUCAUGCAGAUUCACGUCUCGUAUGUGCCCGUUAUACAUGGAGAGCAGAAGACGAAGCCUACGCAGCAGGCUAUCAAGGCAGUCAGGAGUAAUGGUCUGAUCCCAGAUCUGUUAACUGUUCAGAUUGCUUGCCGCUGCGAACGCGAACUCGAAGCCUCCGCUGUCGAAAAGAUUGCCCACUUCUGCCAGGUUGAGAACGAGCAGGUGCUUGUUGUCAGGGAUAUGCCAUCCAUCUACCAGGUUCCUAUGCUUCUUGAACAACAAAAACUGAUCCCCAUGGUUCGUCAGUUCCUCGCACUUGAGGGUCUCACAAUCACUCCUCACAUGACGCAAAAAGGGAAGCACACCUGGAAUGAAUGGAAAUCACUUACCGGCCAUGAUACGCGCUUCCAUGAUUCUGUCACGAUUGCCCUUGUCGGCAAGUAUGUGGAGCUCCAGGACUCAUAUCUUUCCGUUGUCAAGUCACUAGAACACGCUACGAUGCGGUGCAGGAAGAAGCUGGAUAUCUGCUGGGUCGACUCUGACCAUCUGGAACUGAAGUGUCAAACGACGGAUCCAGCAAAGUUCCACGACGCAUGGCACAAGGUUGUCAAGGCAGCUGGUAUCCUCGUGCCUGGUGGUUUCGGUCAGCGUGCCACAGAAGGCAUGAUCGCAGCAGCCAAGUGGGCGCGUGAGAACAAGACACCAUACCUCGGUAUCUGCCUGGGUAUGCAGAUCGCAGUGAUUGAGUACGCACGCAAUGUUUGCGGUAUCAAAAACGCAACAUCGGAGGAGUUCAACGGCGACGCCGAGAACAAGCUCGUCAUGUUCAUGCCCGAAGUCGACAAGACCACAAUGGGCGCGUCUAUGCGUCUCGGUCUCCGCCCUACGCUGUUCCAACCCGGCAGCGAAUGGUCCCGUCUCCGUGCUCUAUACGCCGGCAAGGAAGAAAUCCUAGAGCGCCAUCGCCACCGCUACGAAGUCAACCCAGACUACAUUGACAUCCUAGAGAAGGGAGGCUUGACCUUUGUCGGCAAGGACGACGCUGGUGUACGCAUGGAGGUUAUCGAGAUUAAGGACCACCCCUGGUACGUCGGCGUACAGUUCCACCCCGAGUACCUCUCCCGCGUCUUGGACCCCAGCAGACCUUACCUCGGUUUCGUUGCUGCCAGCGCGGGUAUGCUCGACCAGAUCACACACGAGUACCAACAGGGUGGCGCAAACGGCGUUGGGGCUGAAGGCAUUGCCAACGGUGUCAGCGGCCUCAAGAUCAACGGCGACGCGAGCUUCUAG